AGAUGGCUGGUAUUUAUAAAUUGUAGCAAAUCUUGAGAUAUCGCGCUUCGUUCAUAAGGAGACACCUUCGAUUGUGCAACGACAAACGUUGACGCCCAGAUUUACCUUUUCAUUUGUGUUAUCGUCAAUGUAACUGACGAUACGUUACUCCUCUGUAAACUUAAGCGAACGAAACUUUAUAAGUACGCCGCACACAUUUUUGCGAUGGUCUUUCGUUCGACUUUCCUCUUACGCUCGCGGUAAUGGAAUUACGCAUGUUCUGGUUUAUUGUGAUGUGCAUUCUGUGUGUGUGCAGAGAUGCAAUCGGUGAAUCAAUAUUUACGACAGCUUUCACAUCGAUUAAUAACGCUUCUCAAUUCAAUGACAGGACAAAGGACGCGCAAAUCGAACGAUUGAUUCAGAUGCAAACAAGACCGAUUGAAACUACUCGGAAAGAUGACAAGUUUGAUUUAUCGGUAAAGACGAAAACUUUGAGUGGAUUUAAAAAUGUGACGUGUUCUAGAUACUGCAUAGAACAGCUGGGAACUGGCAAAAAUCCGUUUGAAGAUAUUAAUCUCUUUUGGUCAUUCGCCGGGAGCAAAAAUGAAGCGGAUCAUUUCUUUUUGAGAAAAAACCCAAAGUUAAAGAUAUCAAGACAUGUUAAUAAAAGUUUAACGGAUUUAGACAACAGUUGCCAAAUUUAUCUCUAUCUGGAUUGUGACAUUAUAAAUAUGAAAACAAGUCCGCUUAAUCAACAUGAAAAUACUGAUUCGAAUUUAGAAAUUAAUCAUCAAAGCGUUGAAACCUUACAGAAACUUUUCUCGCGUUCCGACUCGGAAUUUUUGCAGAAGAAAACAUUGGCACACAAUACUAAUUUGAGUGGAUACACCGAAAUUAAAUUCCAUAUAGACGCCAGUGUGAUGAAAAUUAUAAUUAACAUUCGGGGAAAUCUUACACGCGCAGCCCUAGCUAUACCUACAAUACCGAGAAACAGAACGAUGCGGAGGCCAGGAAUAACGAUGUCGUUGGCACGUACAUACGAUAUGAAAGGGGUGGCGAUCGACGCGCGCAACCCUCCGCCAGGUGGCUACCUGAUGAAACUAACGGGGGUAGAAAAUUCAAAGUACAACUUCGACGUAACCGGUUACUUCGGAACGAGCGAGAGAAAUAAUACGAGGAACGAAAUUAUCGACGUCAAGUUCACGAGCGGUAAGGAUUAUACUUCACAGAAUGAAGCAACAGCCAUGACAACUUUUUUUGAGAAACAUAAUGAAUUCGAUAAAAUGAAGAAAGAUAUCCACGAGGACAUGGCCAAUAGCCAAAUAAAUUCAACAUUUGAAAUAAGACCUGACGUGAGUAAAAAACCGAAGUUCGUGUAUGAGAGAUCUGCAGAUAUCAUGGAUGCACAAGCAAAUACUGAUGCAGCGAUAACAGAUGAUCUUCCUGAUACGUCACCUUCUUCACUUGAAGCCAUCGUAAUGAAAGACAUUAUUAACGAUUCUGCCCUAUCUAAUAAUUCCUUAGUGAAUUAUGGUGACGUCGGAAUUCCGCAAAAUGCAUCAAAUAAAGCAAUGUUCAACGGAAGAAUGCUUGCUCUGCAGCCGGGAAGGCAGGAACAGAAAAUUCAAACGCGAUCAUCCGAAAUCGUCUCAUUAAACGAAGACAUCGAUAUGAAUGUCAAACCAUUCCUUAGUAACAACGUAACAAUAAAAACAAUAAAAAAUCAAGAACUUUCAACGAGAUUGGCAGAGAAUAAGGAAGACAUUUUUAGAAAAGAAAAAAUACUGAUAGAAGUGAAUCCCGAGAGCAACUUAAUCGCUAUACCAGGAAGAAUACACACAAUAUUUUUCGAUUUGACGAACAAUUGCGUUCUUACAGUUAGAUAUGCAGUUCGAGCAACGAGCUCAUCAUUUAGGAUAAAUAACAUACGACCUAUGUACGUAUAUUUAUAUCCGGGACAGACAAGUUAUGUAGCCGUGGAUAUUAUUGUGCCGACAGGAAUCAGACAAGAUACAGUGAAUACGCUUACAUUGUUUGUCGAUGGUACGGAAAUAUCGGAAAAAACGGUAUAUGUUUACAUUCAAAAUCCAUAUACAAAGAUAAUUGAUAAUGUGAGACCAACAAUCGAAUAUUCGUUCAAUAGCAAUUGCGCCGGUAAUCUAAAUAAAGAUCGAUGCGACAAGACGUUUUGGAGUGCUGACGUCACUAUUCAAGAUCCCGAUUCAGGUCUAAAGAGCGUAACAUCAACUCCGAAUAGGAUAUAUCCACGUUCUGAAUUCAUAAGUGGCACGAAAAAUUCUGUAACAUUUUAUUAUUUGUCCACAUGCUGCUAUACGACAGCUACCGUUACAGCAAUUGAUUCGUUAAAUAAUGAAUAUUCCCGGAAAAUAGAUGUCACAGAAUGGGACAAUCUAUCUCAGGGGGAGAUAGCUGCUGUCGUAGUUGGUGCAUUAUUUCUUCUCCUUCUACUGAUACUCCUCAUUAUCGCUAUAGUCUAUUGCGUUCGCAAGAAGAAUAGUCACGAUUUACCUUACACACAAAGAUAUGGCUCUAGACAACCUCCCAGAUCCGAAAGAACGAGUUUCUAACAACGUCGUCGUAGAAAUUAACCACAUCAUUGGAUUGAAAUUAAAUCAUAAAUCUUUAGAAACAUUAUACCUGUCAUUAUACAUGUCAGUCUGUAUGUAAGUAUUUAAUAAAUUUCUACAUAAAAUACACCUGAUCUUACAAAAUAUUAAGUGCAACUCAUUACAACAAUCACAUGCUUGUCAUUAAAGAAAAGAAAACUCGGAGCGAAACUAAAAGGAACCUAGUCUUUUACGAACUGCGCUUUAAAGACAAUGUACUUAAAUGUUUACGCUAGACGUACUUUAUUACGUCUACAGAAA